UGGUAAGAGAAAGGGGCAGGGGGCAUAACUGACAAGACAUUGAAAGUAUUGAAGUCAGAGCGUUGGGAAGAAUCUACCCAACUGUCGGGGUCCACGCGGGGACAGACCUCAGCCUGUGAGCCUGGAGCCCAGAAGGAGUGGCAGCCUCAGGACGUUUGCCAGAGAGCCUGAAAUGUUAGGGAAGCCUUAUCCUCGCCAGGAACAGAGCUGGCGCUGAGUUCCCGGCUCGGCCGGGGUCAGAAGCGAGGAAAGUUUGCCAGCGAGUGUCCUUUGUGCUGCGUGGAGAGGGGUGUGGGCAGCCGCCGACUCGGCGCUUCCCCGCCUCCCGCGGCUCCCGCCUCCCGCCCAGGGAGUCCCUGCCUGGCAAGCUGGGGCUAGGGGGAAAAGUUCAGCAGCGGGAGGGCCACUUGUCCCGGGACGGUUCCAGGGGAGCCGGCGCGGAAACGCGGACCAGGCGAUUCGGCCCGGAUGCCAGAUCCAGGAGAAGGGGACCUUGCUUGCCGUGUUCACCGCUGUAGCCCCAACGCCAAGAACAGAGCCUGGCCGUGAGUGAAUGACUGGCCGGGGUGCAAAUGGUUUUGAAGCACUUGAACCUCACAGGCAAAGGCUAAGAGUCUAAAUUCCAUCCCGCCGCACAUCUCCAGACUUCAAUUUGGCUGAAAUAACUCAUGCCACGGACCUGUGCACAUGCCUGGAAUUGAGAGACACAGUUAAAAGACUCCAAAUUGCUUUCUGCCUUUUGAAAACUCCUGAAAACUAUCCCUUUGGACUCUGGAAUUCUACACAGCUCAACCAAGACUUUGCUUGAAUGUUUACAUUUUCUGCUCGCUGUUCUACAUAUCACAAUAUAGUGUUCACGCUUUGUUAAAACUUUGGGGUGUCAGGAGUUGAGCUUGCUCAGCAAGCCAGCAUGGCGAGGAUGAGCUUUGUUGUAGCAGCUUGCCAAUUGGUGCUGGGCCUACUAAUGACUUCAUUAACUGAGUCUUCCAUACAGAAUAGUGAGUGUCCACAACUUUGCGUAUGUGAAAUUCGUCCCUGGUUUACCCCACAGUCAACUUACAGAGAAGCCACCACUGUUGAUUGCAAUGACCUCCGCUUAACAAGGAUUCCCAGUAACCUCUCUAGUGACACACAAGUGCUUCUCUUACAGAGCAAUAACAUCGCAAAGACUGUGGAUGAGCUGCAGCAGCUUUUCAACUUGACUGAACUAGAUUUCUCCCAAAACAACUUUACUAACAUUAAGGAGGUCGGGCUGGCAAACCUAACCCAGCUCACAACGCUGCAUUUAGAGGAAAAUCAGAUUACAGAGAUGACUGAUUACUGUCUACAAGACCUCAGCAACCUUCAAGAACUCUACAUCAACCACAACCAAAUUAGCACUAUUUCUGCUAAUGCUUUUGCAGGCUUAAAAAAUCUAUUAAGGCUCCACCUGAACUCCAACAAAUUGAAAGUUAUCGAUAGUCGCUGGUUUGAUUCUACACCCAACCUGGAAAUUCUCAUGAUUGGAGAAAACCCUGUGAUUGGAAUUCUGGAUAUGAACUUCAAACCCCUUGCAAAUUUGAGAAGCUUAGUUUUGGCAGGAAUGUAUCUCACUGAUAUUCCUGGAAAUGCUUUGGUGGGUCUGGAUAGCCUUGAGAGCCUGUCUUUUUAUGAUAACAAACUGAUUAAAGUCCCUCAACUUGCCCUGCAAAAAGUUCCAAAUUUGAAAUUCUUAGACCUCAACAAAAACCCCAUUCACAAAAUCCAAGAAGGGGACUUCAAAAAUAUGCUUCGGUUAAAAGAACUGGGAAUCAACAAUAUGGGCGAGCUCGUUUCUGUCGACCGCUAUGCCCUGGAUAACUUGCCAGAACUCACAAAGCUGGAAGCCACCAAUAACCCUAAACUCUCUUACAUCCACCGCUUGGCUUUCCGAAGUGUCCCUGCUCUGGAAAGCUUGAUGUUGAACAACAAUGCCUUGAAUGCCAUUUACCAAAAGACAGUCGAAUCCCUCCCCAAUCUGCGUGAGAUCAGUAUCCAUAGCAAUCCCCUGAGGUGUGACUGUGUGAUCCACUGGAUUAACUCCAACAAAACCAACAUCCGCUUUAUGGAGCCCCUAUCCAUGUUCUGUGCCAUGCCGCCCGAAUAUAAAGGGCACCAGGUGAAGGAAGUUUUAAUCCAGGAUUCGAGUGAACAGUGCCUCCCAAUGAUAUCGCACGACACCUUCCCAAAUCGUUUAAACAUGGAUAUCGGCACGACGGUUUUCCUAGACUGUCGAGCCAUGGCUGAGCCAGAACCUGAAAUUUACUGGGUCACUCCCAUUGGAAAUAAGAUAACUGUGGAAACCCUUUCAGAUAAAUACAAGCUAAGUAGCGAAGGUACCUUGGAAAUAUCUAACAUACAAAUUGAGGACUCAGGAAGAUACACAUGUGUUGCCCAGAAUGUCCAAGGGGCAGACACUCGGGUGGCAACAAUUAAGGUUAAUGGGACCCUUCUGGAUGGUACCCAGGUGCUAAAAAUAUACGUCAAGCAGACAGAAUCCCAUUCCAUCUUAGUGUCCUGGAAAGUUAAUUCCAAUGUCAUGACAUCAAACUUAAAAUGGUCGUCUGCCACCAUGAAGAUUGAUAACCCUCACAUAACAUAUACUGCCAGGGUCCCAGUCGAUGUCCAUGAAUACAACCUAACACAUCUGCAGCCUUCCACAGAUUAUGAAGUGUGUCUCACAGUGUCCAAUAUUCAUCAGCAGACUCAAAAGUCAUGCGUAAAUGUCACAACCAAAAAUGCCGCCUUCGCACUGGACAUCUCUGAUCAAGAAACCAGUACAGCCCUUGCUGCAGUAAUGGGGUCUAUGUUUGCCGUCAUUAGCCUUGCGUCCAUUGCUGUGUACUUUGCCAAAAGAUUUAAGAGAAAAAACUACCACCACUCGUUAAAAAAGUAUAUGCAAAAAACCUCUUCAAUCCCACUAAAUGAGCUGUACCCACCACUCAUUAACCUCUGGGAAGGUGACAGUGAGAAAGACAAAGAUGGUUCUGCAGACACCAAGCCAACCCAGGUUGACACAUCCAGAAGCUAUUACAUGUGGUAACUCAGAGGAUAUUUUGCUUCUGGUAGUAAGGAGCACAAAGACGUUUUUGCUUUAUUCUGCAAAAGUGAACAAGUUGAAGACUUUUGUAUUUUUGACUUUGCUAGUUUGUGGCAGAGUGGAGAGGACGGGUGGAUAUUUCAAAUUUUUUUAGUAUAGCGUAUCGCAAGGGUUUGACACGGCUGGCAGCAACUCUAGGCUUCCAGUCUGUGUUUGGUUUUUAUUCUUAUCAUUAUUAUGAUUAUUAUUAUAUUAUUAUUUUAUUUUAGUUGUUGUGCUAAACUCAAUAAUGCUGUUCUAACUACAGUGCUCAAUAAAAUGAUUAAUGACAGGUUGGGGUUCCCCUGUGCUUUUACCAGUAGCAUGACCCCUUCUGAAGCCAUUGGUAGAAAGUACUUUGUCCUCCAAAAAGCUAACAUAUGGUUUUGAAGCAGCAUUGAAACUUUUGUAGCAAUCUGGUCUACAGACUUUUAACUCAAGAAGCUAAGGCUAGACUUGUUACCUUCGUUGAAUGAUGUUAGUUGACUGUACGGUAAUGUUGUAUCAACUGAAUUGAAUGUUUGCCUUUAAACAAUGAAUUUUCUUUUUCUUUCCUUUUUUUUUUUUGUAAUAGUUAAAGAGGCUUAGAACAAGCUAACAGGCAAUAGAAAUAUGUAUAUCAGAUUUUUUAAUGUAACAAACUACAUGUUAAUUGUUAUCUUAUUCUUUUUAUCUUUAGUAGACACUUUUAAAAGAAAAGACAAUUUUGUUGUGUUUAACUCACCAACACGUGGUAUAUAAUGAAGACAGAACUAUAAUAAAUUAGUUUUGUUCUGAUUUUUUAGAACACUUGCAAUAAUGUAUCAUUUAUAGUUCUUGCUAGUUGCAGUGGUAAUAUUUUUCACAUCCAUAAAAACAACUACCAAAAUAAAUCAGCUGUAGCAUGUUGCUUUUUAAAGCUAGGCCCUAAAAGGCUUUAAUUCUUUUUCUAAGGGAAGAAAUGUCUAUUUUAAUUAAGAUAUUUUAAUGAACAGGAUUUCUGUAUUUUAAAUAGUACUGACUAGCACCUAACGGGCAGUGGGAGGGUGGUUCAUAUGAAGAAAAAAAGGUGUAUUGUUGUAUCCCAUGCAUAAAUAAAGGUAAAUAUAUAUAUAUAUAUAUAUAUAUAUAUACACCAAUAUAUUCAUAUAUACACACACACAUCCCAACCUGUCACACAUAAUGCAUGUGUACAUAUAUGAAUAUAUUGGAUAUGUCAUUUCUGUAAGAGUUUUGUUAAAACCUGAUUUUCUUUUGUAGUAUCCACAUUCUUCAUCAAAGUACAAAAACAUCUAUGGAGUGUCACAAACUGUAUGACACGUUAUUUCUUUUUAACAGUUGUCUGUAUGCUUAGACCCAUAUUAGUCUCUAUAUCUGUGUGGCGAUAUCUGCUGAGACAAGUAAAUGAUUAAUAGAAAACAAAACAACUUCUGUACAGUUGACAUUUUUCAUCCAAAUAUAUAUAGACAGUUUUGGAGAAUUGUUUCGAGAUUAUAGAGGAAACAUGUAACAUUUAGAGCAGAUGGAACUAGGUUUAGGUAGAAGACCAGUUCCACAAAGAGCAGAGGGAGGGAUGGGAUUUAAUAGGUAAAAGAAGAACCCAUUUGAAAAUAAAGUUCGCUUCAAAAGGCAGCUGCCGCCAGGCACACACCAUUCCAUCAGACAGGUGCCAGACAAGCAAAAGCAAGGAAAAGUUGGCAGAAAGAAAGUCCAGGUGAUGUAGGCUGAGGUAUUUCUUUCUUUGGCACUAUCUUGGUUUUGUGAAUCACUUUAUAAAAAAAAAUCACUUUCUUCCCAUUCUUAAGGGGUUUGGCAAACAGAAUUUCAGAUCUUGAAACAAAUGAGCUGCAACAGAAAAAUAAGAAGUACCUGAGCUUGAGGCAUCCCUUCCCAAAGCCUUCACUUACUGGUGAGAAAAACCUGGACCCAGGGAGGGCUUGCAGCUUACCCAGGUCGGACUCCUGCCGGUUCAGCGCUCUGCACUCCAUUGAUUGUUCUAGGCCCGGCAGCCUUUUAGGUUCUUGUGCAGGGCACCUCUUUUACAGUUCUGAAUAACCUCUAGUGCCCCUGCUUCAAAAAUGCAGUACAUCCUCAAGUUCCCAUUUACUCAGGAUACUUUUUAGCACAGGGCAGAUCAGACAGUGUCUCUAUUGUUAGUACUGCAAAGUAUGUAUGGGAAACACAGAGAAUUGGAGCUGCGUUGAAUGCAAACUUGGGGUGUUUCCCUUGAGGAAUUCUCGUCUUCAAAUGUCUGCAGAGAGUAGUGGACCAUGUUACAACUUUCCUGUUCAUCUGUGAACCAUGAAAAUGGAUGGCACUGAUGCAUUAGACCCUCAGCAGCCUGCAACUGCAAAUCUGUGAGACUUCAUUCAGCCCAUAAAGCAAACAUUUGAACUUACACAGAAUGAGCACUUAAAUACGGGUACAAUAAAUGAAGGGAAAAACCUCAGCCAUUUCUCCAUUCUGAAGAUAUAGCAAGCACCGGGAAAUCUGAGAUUUUUCAUCAACAAUAUCUUCUGCGAGCCCAGUUUGAGGGGAAAAACCCCUUUUACAUUUUUUUUCAGUAAAGUACUGGAACUUACUUUUCCCUGUCUGUGCUAAUGAGUUGAUUUUCAGCUGAUAGAAAACAAAAUGAUAGAGUACUUUUUUCCUUGGCCAAGUAUUUUCUCAUUUGUAUUUAAUUUGAUAAAUUAGACAGCCAGUGAAAUUAGACACCAAACUAGGUCCUGAUGGAUAAUGAAUGUUAUGUCACCUUUAACAGUGAAGUGGUUAUUAUAGGUCACUUUCUAAUUUCAUAUUUUCCCUUUUGCUUUCUGCUGCCCUCAGGGUAUAUAGUGUGUCUCUAACCUGAUUUUUCAAGGUUAUUUUUGGAGCAGUUUCUUAAAACAGGCAUUCCCUAACUUGCUCAUUUAAUUAAUGAAAAAUUGAACUGAUGCCAUGGAUAUAAAAACAAAUGCCAUGUUUAAUUGUCAGUGUUUCUGAUUUGGCAAAAAGGAAUCAUCUCUAUUUUUUUUGCAAACACUAUCAAAGUGCAUAUUUUGUCUUUUGUGGUUUCUAUUUAUUCAAUCAUUCAUUUGUUUGCUAAGGACACCAUAGUCAACCCUUUACUUGGUGUUUGCUUUCUAUUUCUGUAUUCAAUUUCCAAGGCAUUUUCUUUUCUUUAUUACUGUUUUCACCAUUGGUGGGGUAGGGGGAAGCAUUUUAUAUCUCCAACAGUUUGCUGGGAAAAACCACACUUUUUCCCUUUCUAUUCACUGGAAAGGGAAAUGUAACUACUUCUGAAGCAUUCUAAGUACAGAUGGAAAUGCUUUCUUCACCUCAGUUCUUUCACUCUCGCCUUGCUUGCAAAUAGACUUUUUUAUUGUUAUUCAAAAGGGAUUAGCUUGGAAGAAAAAAAAAUCUUUCUUUAAAGAUUGGUGAUUCAGAAUCACCAUCCGGAUGUCCAGAAUAAUUUUGGCCUGGAAUCUCUGCAGGACUUGAUGUAAUCUGGUGUGGACAGUUCCCCUGCCCCAACCCCCACUUCCCCCAUAAGCACUGAUACCAGCUGCUUUAGUAAAAAGGAGAUGCUGAGGGAACUAAGGAUUUUUAUGUCUGCUGGUUCAACAUUGCCCAGAACAAGUAAACAGAACUAAGUGGGUUUCUCAUAUUAAAGAAUUCCUAGGAGACUUGACGGCAGGAGAUGACAAUGAAGGCUUUCUUUAUGUCUUCAAAUUUAUUUAUCUUUUCUUCUUUAAGAAACCUUAUAUGCUGGGAAUCUGAGGUACAUUCCAAAACUAUACUUAUAUCAGGCUAAAUUUUAAUUCUAAUCUUGAACUCCCCCAUACUAUUCUCUGUUACACACUCCAAAAUUUUGAAAUGUAUAGAUUUUUGUGCAGAAGACACCAAACUCUCUUUCCUUAGCAGGAAACCAUGGAAAGCUUUUAUAAAAUUAAUGACAAACUCAAGUGUUUAGCUCCAAAGCUUAAAUGGGGAAAUGUGAAGUUCAUAUAAACUGAGCAAUUUGCAAGGGUACCUGACAUGCCUGAAAACACAGGGAACAGCCAGACAAUGGCUCUUGCAUAAUUACCAAAUUGUGAAGUUUGUGGAUGUGUUUAUAUUUAGGAAAUCAUCUAGUCCCCCUCCCAAGUUUAUAUGGAUGCCAUAAGACAUUAAAGUGGCAUUAUGCAUUUGCCCUCCUGACAGCCCAUUAUGUCAGUUAUAUAUUAAAUAUGAAGCAAAUCCAGUAUCAUGUACCUCAUGAAAGUAGUUCUGGUCACAAAGUGGGUCAGAUCAUGCCUCUCCUUUCCAACUGGGCCUCCCUGUCUCCCUCCCAUAAGAUUAGAUUGACAAAGUAAAUUUCAGCCUGGGCCCUGACAGAAUAAUCAUGAAUUCCUAGUAAGGGGGAGUAUCUUGAAUUAAUAAGGUAGCAUUUUAAUGCAUCAGUCUGCACAUUAGCACGUCUCAUUCAUAUAAACAGAAGACAGUGGUCAUGAGGAGAAGGAAAACAAACCAUGUAAUUGGGGUCGAAAGGACUACAUUUUUACAGCUGUGACUUAAGGAAAAGUGGGGAGAGGCAUUUAUUGUGCAUCUAGACCUCUGCUAGGAGCUUCACAUGGAUUACUUGCAUUGAAUCCUUUCAGUUGCCCAUGUUGUCCCUAUGUUAGAGAAUAGUGUUUACUCAGCCUCACAGAGCCAAGCAACUUGCCUGAAAUCUCACAGCUGGUAAGAAACAACUGAGACUUAACUCAGGACUGUAUGACUAAAACCAGUAGUUUUCCAACUGUAUAAUGGUCCACAAGCUAAAUCUAGGUCAGGAAUAGAGAACACAUAACUCCCAAAUAUUCAGCAUUUGAGUCAGGAACAAUGGAGAAGAGGGAGGGUCUAAUUUAAGACUCAAACCUGAGAUCAAUAUACGGAAAUCACAAGCCAAAGAGGAAAAAGUAAAGGACAGGUCUUCCAUGGUUGUGACAACAAAUCCAUACAUUGAACUGGAAGAACCUGAAGCUGCAAAAGAAAAAUAAGCAAUCAGUCAAAAUGAGAGUGGGUGGGAGUAAAAGUAGGUCCCAAAUAUGGCCAUAUUUUGAGCACUUAUGAUUCAGAUGCCGUACUGAGCACUUGGCCUGUAUUAUCUUGUGGAAUCCGCAAUAACUUCGUAAAGUAGGUAUUCAUGUCCCCAUUUUUCACAUCGAGAAACUGAGCCUUAGUCCAUCACUGAUAAGUGAUGAAGCCAAGCAGCCCUGGCUAUCAGACUCCAAGGCCCACGAGUAACCAUGAAACUAUGUUCUAGCUGAAAAGGCACUCAGAGUACUGGGCUGGCCAUCUCAUUGGCCUGAUGGAUUUAGUUCUUUCCUGAGAAUGAAGAACAAAGAAAAGCAUAGGUGUCAUAGUCUUGCAAGGAACCUCCCCACAGAAGGCUUGUUAAUGUGGCAUUUAAUGCCACAGCCUUAGAUAAGAAAGAAAAUGCUACCUUGCUGUUUUUCUUUUUUAACCAUUAAGGUUAGUCUCCCAUUUUAAUCAUAUACCACAUCAUCCAGAGCAAAGACUUGUUCUGAUGCUGUAAGUAAUCUCAUCUUAACUUUCCUAUAGAUCAUUCUGGGGGCUGGGGGUGCUAGGAGGAUAAACUCCCUGGAGAACUGUUAGUGAAGAGUUUUAUGACUAAUCCUGUAUCUUUGUGAUCUCAAUAGCCCUUAAUUUAAAAAUAUAUUACUUUCAAUCUUGUAAGAGGCAGACUGGUUUAAAUAUCUCCUGUGCUACUGAUGAAACUAUGAAAAGAAGGCGACCAUGAAUAUUAACCAAAAUAUAUGCUUUCAUAUUAUUUUCCCACUUAUCAGAGCACCACACACUUAUUAACAGUACUUGAUUUUACCAAAUUUUUGUUCUAACUGGCUUAGGGGUGCUCCCACCAUCAUAAGAUGGUUCGUGUUUGCAACUCAUUUAAAAGUCGCAUUUUGUCUUCUGAUUAUAACAGUAGUAUAUGUUUACUAUAGAGAAUCUAGAGAAAAAUAUUUAUUAAAAAUAGAAUUCCACAACUCAAAACCAGAUGAGAUUUUGGUAUACUUCCUUCUCUCUUUUUUCUCUGUGUAUGUAUUUAUAUAUGUAUAUAUACAUAUAAUUAUAAAAAUAUAUACCUUUAUGAGUAUAUAAUUGGAAUCAUGGUAUAUAUAGCUUUGUACACUUUUUUCUAUUAUGCAAAAUGUAAGCAUCUUUUUAUAUUAUUAAACUAUCUUGGAAACCAUGGUAUUAAAGGCUGUAUAACCAUCUAUCAUAUGGAUAUUCAGUAAUGGAACAAGUCCUUUUGGAAGCAUUUUGCCUCUUCCAUGUCAAACACCAGGGACAUAAAGAUGAGCCCACCCUGCCCCUGCUCUCCAGGAUGUAGUCACAGAGGAAGAUAGACAUCCACGUAAAGGACCAUCCAGUAUGAUGACUACACGGAGAAGAUGAAACAGCAUGACAGCACAGGGAAGAAGAACCCUGGUCAGAUUGGGGAGCUCAAAUUUCAGAUCUCACUACUUAAGCUCAGAAUGAAAAGAUGAGCCGAGGGCUUCACAAGCAAGCAUCCAGAGGGAGGGCAUCCUAGGCAGCGAACAAAUUGCCGUGAUCACAGGCUUUCUAAGGAAGUGGAAGAAGUCUUCCCGGAGGACUUGGGGAUUCUGGAGGCCUUCUGAUAAAAGGGAAAGGGCUCCUAAAAAUACAGGGUAACUACAUUGGAAGCUGAAGUCGGAGAGAAACUACAGCAAGUUUUUGUGCAGAGGGGAGAGGGAGAGGCUGGGUUGUAUGAGGAGCCUAUGGUCCCCAGAUGAAGCUUUAUUCCCAGUUUAAUUUUUUAAGUCAUUCCACAUAAUCACUGGGGGGAGUGCCUUCCUGGUGAGAUAAGAGAAGCUCGCAAGAGCAAUUUGAUAAACCUUCCAAGCCCUGGGGCCUCAGUGUGGAACCUCAGCUGUGGUAAUAUGUAAGACACAAGCAUUAAACAGAUGUGAGAUUGCCCUAAUUGCUUAAGACUAUCCCAGUCAGUGGCUUGCACUUAGUACAGGUUUUCUUUGGUGUCUGUGGUGUCAAGAAAAUAGGAAGUGCAUGUUUGGAAAACUGAAACUGAUUAUGUGGUGUUUAGAAGCACAAAUGAAUCCUCUUCAGCUUGUCCUUUGCCCACUAAAUACAAAUAUUUCUAGUUCACUUGCUUAGACAAAAUUCUGAUCCUUUUUUUAGUGUAACAAGCAAGGCCUUAGACUUGGAAUAGUAAUAAAGAACCAUAAUUGGAUACAUGUACCCCCAAACUCACAUAUGCACCUCUCCCUUUGUUUCCAAAAGUAAAACAGGUCAAAGACAUUGUAGUAUAACAAUAUAAAAUACCUCUGAAUCUAGAUUUUAUUCCUAUGGGAUUUUCCUUGGGUUUUUAAUUGGAUUGAUUUCUGAUCAUGGAAAUUCCUGAUAGCAAGAAGAGACUGAUAGAAAAGGUUAUUUUCCCCAAUUCUGCUCUUAACAAGUAUGUGGGUGGACAUUAUACUUCUUGUUGUUUUGAUCAUUAGGAGAUUUGUCCAGGGCAGAUUCCAUCAACACCUCCUCUGAAUUAUUGGUCUCUUUCUGGAGAAAUACUCAACUGACCAUCUUACAAAAAGCUUAAUUUCAAUCCAUUUCCCCAGACUUACAAGUUAUAGUUAGCUUCCCAUUAACUACAUAAAUUGAGAGGAGCAGUUUGUAAACAGUGAAAAACACUGGACCAUCCAAAAGCCAAUAGAGGUUUGUUGAAUGAAUGAAGUCAUUCACAACUUUGACUUUGGAGUGAAUAGUAAGUUUUUACUAGAAGCAAAUGCAUUCGUCUCCCUGGUUAUGCUUUGUUUUGUCUGGUAAUAGAUUUCUGGACUGUUGCAGAGAGCAAGCUGGCAUUUGGUUGAUUUAGGGGAACAGAUUGUAUUUCUUAAAUUUUCUUUUUUUUUUCUUCCAUAUUGAGACCUGGGAAAAUUUCCCUUAACUUCAUUCCAAGUUUGUGGAAAUCAUACAACCCAGGACAUCUUGCUUGGGCUGAGCCACUUGUAAUGAUCUGGGAUUGUUUGGAUUUGUGUUCAGCUCCCCAAGGUGCUAUUCUGAACACACAACACAACAGCUUACAUUUUCCGGGCACAUAGCAACUCUCAGUAGAUUUGGUCAGAUGAGUACCCAUUCUUUAUAGUUCAGUGGGGUACACUUUCACAAUUCCUCAAACUCUGGAAGCCUUAUUCAAAAGAGUACAGCCAUCUUUUUUUUACUCCAGCAAAUUUUUCACUUUGGAGAUGAAUACUGGGAAUUAACACACAAUCUUCCUCUUGUAGCACAACUACCAAAGGUCAGGUUAGGGAGAAGUUUGGGAAAGAGUAAUGACACCAGAGGAGGAAGGGAAAGAAAGCCACACAGCCACUGUGGAAAUGUCAAACAGUGGAGAUGGUGUAGUCAGAAAAUACUGCUUAGGGGCAGAGUGGUAGACAUCUGUCUCUCCCUCAAAGCUCUGUAACAUGAGAUCCUGGUGGGAGUGGACAAAUUAUAACUCAAAGUUUGCUGAAAGAAGAGCCUUUUAAACUGGCCUCUUAGGAAAGUCUCUCCUUUUCCCUCUUCUUUUUCACUUUCUCUAAGCAAAGCUGUUCAGAAUUUCUACAAUUACUUGUAACACCUCUCUCAUUUGGGUUAUCUUCUUCUCUGUAGGCAACAUCCAUUCUGGGGAGUGAGGAAAGCUCAAAAGUUGGAUGUAGAAGAGUGGAGGCAGAGGUCUGGACUCUAAGGAUCCUAAAAUUUUCUUUUUAAGUUGUCCUGGCCAGUUCCCCAGGGAAUAUGGAAAAAAGGCAUCCAGAAUAAAAGCUCUGUCCAUGCA